AUGGAUAAUCAAGAGGGUGAUAAUAAUAAUAAUAAUAAUAAUAAGGGAAUGGAAGACGAGGAUGACGAUGAAAAUUUGAGGGAAAUAAUAUUAAAACAAUUGACGAAUUUAGAACCCGUUGAAGUGUCCGACGACGAUAGUUAUAACGUACGUUUAUCGUGUAUAUUAGAAGACGACGAAAGUGAAAGCAGCGGAGCUUAUCAAAAAGAUAACAAUAAUAAAAAUGAUGAUAAUGAUAAUAGAAAAAAUGAUGAGUGCGAAAGGGGAAUAACGUCGUCGUCUGGUGAUGAUAAUUGGUCAAACGUUAGAUUAAGCGGAUUAUACGACAGUGAAACGAGCGACGAUUUGAUCGGUGAUAUCGUACAGGUAACCGAUUUGGACGAUGAUACGGUUGUGGGUAUAAACGUGGGUGAAAACGAGGGGGGCAAAGAAGAAUACGACGAUGACACGGAUAGAAUCGAAAGGGAAUCGGAAGAAAGUGACGAAUUUGGUAAUUUUCCGAUAAAAAAACUCAAAUCGAGUGAUAACGUUCACAAAAGACCGUUUAUAGUGCGAAGACGAGAAUUGAGUAGCGAUUCAAGUGAUUUAGACAUUUCGGUAACUAAUUCUUCGGAAGGACCACCACCGCCAUUACCACCACUACCGCCACCAGCAUCAACAUCAACGCUUGACAGUAAAAAACUAUAUUCGGGUUAUAAUCAAGUGUGUGACGAUAACAAGACUUUAAACGUUGAUGUAGAAUUGGAAACGAGCGCGGAAGAAGACGUAGAAGGAGAAUUCAAAACGAAAAAUGAAAAUAAUAAUAAUAAUAAUAAUAAUAAUAAUAAUAACAAUAUAGAAAUAAUCGAUAAUGAAACUUUAUCUAACAUAUUUGCAAAAGUAUCUAAAACGUAUUUGGAAAAAACAAAAGGUCACAUAAAAUGGGAAGAAAAUGAAAAAAUUGAAAAACCAUACGAAGAAGCUGCAGAAAGAUCUAGAUCGAGAGAAAGACAAUCACCGGGUGAUCAAUUAUCAUUGCAUGAUAUUCACAUAAGAGGUGUUUCGCCUAAAGAAUACAAUCCUCCGGUACCACCGGAAACAUAUCUUUGGGAAGAAUUAAAAAGGUUGAGAGAAAGAGGAGGAUAUCCAUGGACGUACCUGGACAAACCUCCAUUCGAUGAAGCAACGUGGAAAAAAUACAUUUUGGAUAAUAAAAAUCCAAAUUUAGAUGGUUUUAGAGAAAGAGAAAAAUCUUUACCUUUGAGAAGAGAAAAAUCUUCGUCUUUAACGAGAGAUAAAAAAAUAAGUUCGAGAGAAUCUUCCGUGUCUUCGAUUGGUCGAGAAGUUCGAUGCGCUUGUCAAUAUUUUCAAACGGAUAGUUUGCUACCUGAAAGAAUUUCAUUAUUCGGUAGUAAGUCACAAAACAAUAGAAGAAAUUCAGACAUGAUUAAAUCACUUGGGUAA